AUGGCGGCGGCGGCGGCGAGUCGAGGCGCCAACCUGGGUCUCCGGGAGAUUCGCAUCCACUUAUGCCAGCGCUCGCCUGGCAGCCAGGGCGUCAGGGAAUUCAUCGAGAAACGCUACGUGGAGCUGAAGAAGUCGAACCCUGACCUGCCCAUCCUAAUCCGCGAGUGCUCCGAGGUGCAGCCCAAGCUCUGGGCCCGCUACGCAUUCGGCCAAGAGAAGAAUGUCUCCUUGAACAACUUCAGUGCUGAUCAGGUAACCAGAGCCGUAGAGAAUGUGCUAAGUGGCAAAGCCUGA